UUACCUCCUCCAAAUCAACAUGGCGCUCCCCUUGCGGACCAAUUUUAAACGUCUCUGCCGUAUUAUUCAGAGGUUUAAACCCCAGAAUUUGUCCUUCUGUUCAGCAGCCUGCCCGGAAAACAAGGAGGAUCCUGGAAAUGCUCGUGUUUUCUCAGGGAUCCAGCCAACCGGCGUGCCGCAUUUGGGCAACUACUUGGGAGCCCUGGAAAACUGGGUGGCCCUGCAGAACCGGUACCCCUCUGUGCUCUACAGCAUAGUGGACCUGCACUCCAUAACUCAGCCUCAGGAUCCAGACCAGCUCAGGAACAACAUCCUGGACAUGGCAGCAAGCUUGCUAGCCUGUGGAAUCAACCCGGAAAAGGCCAUUCUGUUUCAGCAGUCCCAGGUGUCUGAACAUGCAGAGCUCAGCUGGAUCCUCGGCUGCCUGACCAGCAUGCCCCGGCUACGCCACCUACCGCAGUGGAAGAUGAAGAGCAAGCAGAAGAACGAGGGCAGCGUUGGACUCUACACGUAUCCCGUCCUGCAGGCUGCCGACAUCCUGCUCUACAAGUCCACUCAUGUCCCUGUAGGAGAGGACCAGGUCCAGCACCUGGAGCUGGCUCAGGAUCUCGCUCGGAUCUUCAACAACCAUUAUGGGGAACUGUUUCCUGAACCGCGUGCUCUGCUCAGUUCGACCCAAAAGGUGAAGUCUCUCCGCAACCCCUCGGCUAAAAUGUCAAAGUCCGACCCCCAGACAAUGGCCACCAUCACCAUCACCGACUCUCCAGAUGACAUCGCCCUGAAGAUCCGCCGCGCAGUAACAGACUUCAUCUCCGAGGUCACCUUUGACCCGGAGCAGCGGCCGGGCGUGUCCAACCUGGUGACGAUCCACGCCGCCGUGGCGGAGCUCAGCGUGGAGGAGGCGCUGUCGCAAGCCAGCGGGAUGGACACGGGGGCCUACAAGGGGCUUGUAAGCGAGGCUGUGAUCCAGAGGCUGACGCCCAUCAGGGAGGAGCUCCAACGGCUGAGGGCGGACCGGGCGCAUCUGGAGGGGCUGCUGGCUCAGGGGCAGCUCAGGGCGCGGGACCUGGCUGCUCCUGUGCUCGCAGAGGUCCGACACAGAGUGGGCUUUUGCUAAAAGGCCUGGAGGCUGGAAAAUAACAACAUUUAUGGUGUUUCUGAUCAGGGCUUCACUAACGAGAAGCCGUCUGCUUCCUUCUUGUGACUCAUUGAGGGGAAUAAAAACGAAGGCGGGACUGGAGGUCCGCUCUGACUGAGGGACCAGUCGUAUAACCCUCCUCUGAAAACAAAGCAGGACGUCUUCAGGACGAUCAUUUCUCCUCAGUUUAUGUUUAGGUAGAUGUCAUCAUUAAAACCUCUUAAACUCAGAAAUGAUUCAUGUCACUCAGAGUCUUCAGGUGUUUGCAGCUUUAACCAAAGGUGUUUAAUUAAAAGGUCAUUUUGAAACAGAUUUGUACAUUUUUUUUAAACCUGUAAUGAAUCUGUUGGAUGAAUCAUUCUUUCACACCAAUCCAAACAUUUUCACAGCCUGGAAGUUUAUGGGUGAAACUGUUUUUUUUUUUUUUUAUUUGACAGCAUAAACAUCUGUGGCUGGUUCUACAGGAGUGAACUGUGUCUGCAGAGACCUCUGCCCUCAUUGGCUCCUAAAGGAUAAAUUCACCUCUUAAUCCAGUCGUAUAACGUUCACUGGAAAUGAUAGAAAAGUCCGGCCCUUAGUUCUGGUUUAUUUUGAGGUGGAAAAUUAGUCCAUUUUAAUAAAUGACUGGUCAGUUUUCAACUUA